ACCGGAAGUGUUCCUUUUGCUGCUGUUGACGGAACACGGCGUGAGAGAGCGGAGGCUAGAGACCACACAGACGGGAAGGUUGAACAUCCGAUUCUUCGCAGUCAAACAGGUAGGCUUUGACCUGAUAAUUUCAAUGUGCAUCUCUGAGGAGGAGGAGGCAAAAGACUACAGCUACAUUCCAGAAUUUCAGAGGGUCAUACUUGAAAAUGGGUGUCUUCAGCGCAUAGGAUGGCACAACUAUGAUCCAGAAGGCCAGAUGAUCCACAUCGUCUGGCCUGCUGUCCGGUGUACCAGCCUCAACCACCCAGGAACUAUUGUAGACACAGAAGGAGGAGACACCGACUGACCGUUCCCUUCACGGAAAGCAAGAUCGCCGCUGAGCCCCUCUCCCUACCGACGUUGACUGCUGUUUUCAUUUGCUGCCUCGAAAGGAACAGUUUCGCCAUUGGACCCGGCUUUGUCAGCAUCCGAGCCUGAAAGAAAGUCUGCCAGACAAAUCCAAACAAACGGACGCAUCAGUUGCUAGCCAAGAGCAAUUUCAAUCAAGAUAUGUCUGUCAGGAUGGAAAUGGAUAUCAGUGGAGUGUCCAUGGCACACGUUUCCAUUCUUCCUGCAGCUGAGAUCAAAGCUACGUUGAAACCAGAAGCAGAGAGGCCUCGCUGUGCCAGCACACCAUGUUCACCCAUCAGAGGUACUGUUGCAGGAUACCAGAUCCUCCACAUGGACUCAAACUAUCUGGUGGGCUUCACCACUGGUGAGGAGCUGCUCAAGCUGGCCCACAAGUGGUCAGAAGGCACUCCAGAGAAGGGUUCUGUAUCAGAGGCCGUGUCCAGCUCCAUCCAGAGUGCUGUCCCGAAGUCUGCAGACUUGGGCAUCCACCGGUCUUCACGAAUCUUCAAAGGCAAAAGUCGCUACUACCAACCCUACGACAUUCCUGCUGCUAACGGGCGGAGACGAAGGCGUAUACCCAGCUCGAGUGACACCUUCCUCCAGUCCCUGGCCCACGGGGAGCCUGGGAGGGGUCUGCAUGCUCCACUACCCCUCUGUCUGCGUAAAAGGAAGACAGUCCAGUCCAAGUCUUUGGACUACCUUAACCUGGACAAAAUAAGUAUCAAAGAGUCAUCAGACACUGAGGUGUUACAGUACCAACUGCAGCACCUCACCCUGCGAGGGGAGCGCAUGUUCACCAGAAACAAGACAUGAAAGCACAGUGGAAGGCCUUUUUAGGCGUCUUUCACCCUCUUGGGGAUAUAGGUGCUAUUUCCAGCUUGGUUUCUUUAUACUCAGAUUACAAGCAGUUCUUUAAGACAGACUGAUAAUCUUCUUAUAUUAUGAACUGGGGGUUUUACCUUAUUCUUUACACAUAAUGUUGUGAAAACCUUAAAUUACUCCUCACAUUGUAAUGAGGUUGUUGGGGUUAAAAAAAUGUGACUUAUAUAAAUUUAGCAAUAACUGGUGAACCUAUUUAUUGACAGUGUUGUGUGUAUUUACUGGUCAGAGGUGCACUGAUAUAUCAGUUUACAGCUGAUAAAAGCACAUAUCACAUACUGUAUCAUCUUUAAAAUGCGCCACUGCUAUCAGCCUAAUAACAGUUUUACUACUUAUCUGUGAGGAGUUGUGUUAGUGGAAGUUUUGUCAGAUUUAAUUCAGAUUAUGGCACUGCAUACAACUGUGUCAACUGUCAAAUUAGCAAGAUAAUACUUUUAUUGCUGCUUUAUUGCUGUCAGUCAAUAACAAUGUGUUUUUAAACCUCUUAUGGCAUGUGUAAAAAAAAAAAAAAUACUAAAUAUGUUUAUUAAAGGAUAGGUAAAGAUAUUUUUAUUAAAGUCCAUCUUUAUACAAUAUUCACAUGCCAUAUGUACAGUCAUUGGUUGUUGUAAUCAUUCCCUCUGUCCAUACUGGUGCUAAAGUGACCCCAUCCUUUUUAAAAUAUAUUAAAGUAUCUUUUCCUGGCAUUUGUGCCUUUUCUCAAUAGCUAGCAUUAGAGUGGUGUCAGAGAGAGAGAGAGGAGGAAUGACAUGCAACAAACAUCCCCCAGCCAGACUCUUUUUGAUUACAUUGUCAGCUCCUUAGACCACUAUUCACCAGGAUGCCCCAAAAUGAUCCCUUCCUUAUGUGACUACACUGUAAAUGAUGGGGGAAAGAAUCCAUUUUCCAAUUUGUCUAACUCAGACUGCUGAGACCUCAUUUUUUCUUAUGCUGAACUUCAGAAUGUAUUUUUACACAGAACAAAGACUGUUGAUUUUGCCGCACAAGGAGAAUCACUUCACAGCCUGUAUGGACAGGAUGAAUAAUAAUUGAUAACUCUUUGUACAUAUGGCAUAUGUGUAUUAUAUUAAAAUAAGACUCCUUACUAUCAAACAGUCACCCCCAUAAGUUUGAAAUGCGGCUGUUGUAGCUUGAUCAGAGUACAGCAACUUUAGUCAGCUUGAAUUCAUGCUGGUAACAGUAGGGACCAGUUUAUAUGUUGGGCGAUAAUAAAACAUCUGUGGAAACUUCUAAAACCACUCCUGCAAUGUCAUACACUAAAGAUGGGGAGUGAGAGAGUUCCCAUGCAAGAGUUAAUGCAGACAGAUAGAUAUGGAUGAGUGGAGUAUCACUUCGGUCUUUUUUGCAUCUUUUUAUUGGUUAUUGUUGGCAAAUAUGGUUGGGAAUAUGUUGGCUUUAGAAAACCAUAUUGGUACAUCUUGGUUUUGUACAUUGAUUAUGGGUGCACAACAGUAUGUAGAGGUGUGUCUUUUUAAUAUGUGUAUUACUGCAGAAAAGUUGUUUUCUGCACCUGAAAAAUAGUUUUCUGUUGGACAUCUACUACAGACUGUCUGUGGAAACAUCAGUGCACCUUGAUAUUGUCGCCACCAUGGCACCAAUUAGGCGUUCACAGUAAACACUGCAAUAUUGUACAUUAGCAAAGCCAUGUGAACUCUUAAAGUUCUGUGGAAAUAUCUGUACACCCCUUGAGUUUUUGCACAAUUUGUUGUGCUGCUUUGAAAGGAAAUUGUGAUUUGUCUCAGAACUUCUGUGUUUUCUGUUACACUAACGCAAUAGAAAAUGUAAUUUAUUUUAUGAACGUGUAACAUUUGAAGCCUCUGUGUUUUUGUAAUCAUGGCACCUUUCAAAUUGUCAAAUUUCAAAUUCCUUUCUCUUGUAGAGAAAUGAAACAAGUUAAAUUGGUUCAGGGUGUUACUUUGAGCCCAAUUCAUCUCAUCCAUAGGGCAAGAGUCAGCAUGCAUGUCUGCCACAGUGUCUUUUUUUGAUACUGUACUUGAGUCAGUUCAUUUUUGGAUAGGAUUAUAGUCAUUCCAUUUUUAAUUUAGACUAUACAUAUUUUUUGAAAAUGCGGGAGUUGGUCUAAAACACAGCACACUUUCUUCACUCCAUCCACCUGUUUUUAUGCCCAUUUUCAAUUUGCACAAAAAACCUAAGUGGAAAUGCUGGAAAUUCAAAAAAAAGUUGAAAUAUCACAAAAAAUUUUAUGCUUGGCUGAGAUGGAAAGGUUGGUGUAUCGAUAAAAGCAAAAUGCGACAAAGUACAAUGGAAACCGACUUAGCAAAUGAAUCAUGACAUACAAGAAGCAUGUGAUAAACACUUAAAGCUUCGGCUCCACUAGAGAGACCAAAAAUUGCAGCAGAGGAAAACAUUAGAUCUGUGUGGAGCAAUAAGAAGACUGUAACCUUCCUUAAAUUAAUACAUGAAACAAGCAGAAACGCCAUAUUUCCAUCACAUUUUCCACAUUAUUUUUGUUCGUUUGAGGUUUGACUGCAGCUCUUUUAAUUACAUCAUCUUGUUGCCCUCUCUUCUUCUGCAAUGGUUUAAUGGCACUGACUGGAGAAGUAGCACCAACUGUUUCUGGAUGCGCCCAAAUAUUUGCAUAACAGUAGUGGAUGGAAACACUCACCUUAUUUAGUUAAUUUUUUUAGUUAAUAAAUAAAUUCAUAAAAGUAAGUACAAUUUUCUAUUUGCUUAACUGCAUCAUGGGUGCAGCUGUCUUUUAUGCUGUUGUGUUGGAAAUUGCUGUAAAGGCUUCUGUUAUUGAUGAUGUAACUAAACAUGGAUGUCAUGUUACUAAUGAUGAUGAUCAUGUUACAGAAAAAGUAAAGAACAAGAAGCAGA